AAGGACAACUAUGAAAGUGAUCAAGGUCAGUCUGGAAUACCCAAUAACAUGGAGAUAUUACGCCGUAUCAACGCAAUACUUGAUAAUUCACUGGAAGUAAACAACUUGACCAAUCCAUCAGUCCAGCAGCAGCAACAGUUACAGCAGCAGCAACAGUUACAGCAGCAGCAACAGUUACAGCAGCAGCAGCAGCAGUUACAGCAGCAGCAGCAGUUACAGCAGCAGCAGCAGUUACAACAGCAGCAGCAGUUACUACAGCAGCAACAGCUUCAACAAUUGCAACAACAAUAUUUGAAAGGUAGAUGUUGCUCCAAAAAGUGUCUCAUAUUAAUAUAUUUCCUGCAACAAAAUUGUUUUUAUCAAGGCUUAAUGAGGCCUGGUCAGUUGUCUUAAAAAAUUACUCUUAUGUUCUGUAUUCGUUGUAAGAAUAAAUUUACUCGUCUAGAUCCAGGUUGUCAUAACUAUUGUCCCCAUCCAACACCUGAGCUUCAGUCAGUGCUGAGUUAUGCGAAUGUCCCUCUGUCUCAGUCGGCUGCAUUCACCUGUUGUAACAACACCACCUACAGCGUCGGGCCAACGCCCAAUCCUUCGCCAGCUAACACCACCACCAUGGCACCAACAAUGCCAACAGCACCACCUUCAUAUGGUAAGUGAAGCUGAAGUUGGGUUAGUUUUGAAACAUUUUAGAAUGUUACCUUCUGAUUUAAAGAGUAGUAACAUCCAUGAUCAAAGUUUAUUGAUUUUUUUUUUCUUCUCCUUUUAAUAGAGAGGCAUUUCCUCUAGUCAUAGUCUUUUGAAUUUUGAAACUGAACAUCUUUUGUAAAAAUAUGUUAUAUUUAAAUAUUAUAUUUGUUACAUUUAAAUAUUAUAUUUGUUACAUUUAAAUACAUAUUUGUUACAUUUAAAUAUAUAAUUGUUACAUUUAAAUAUAUUUGUUACCUUUCCAUUUUUUAGGAAACUUUCAGCUCUUUGGUGAGAAUGCAUUCAACCCUACGGCUUUCCAGGCUACGUCUGAUGUUAGUCAAACUACACCUCAACGAAAUGGACAUGUAUCCACAAACGGGUAAGGUAGAAUUGUUCCUACUUUGGGGCAUUGCUUUGAUGAAUGGGAAUUGAUGAAUGAGUUUUAAGAAAAUAUUUCCCCAGAUCAAGGUCUUAAGGCUUCUGUGCAAAAAAAAAUCCAUUGCGUGUAACAAAUCUUUUUUUAAAAAUUAGAUUAGCCACAUUGCAUCACUAUUUUAUGGACUGUAGUAGGGCUGACCCGGAUGCUAACCUAACUCCAAGAGACCCGGAAAUGCAGAGUAUCGCAUACAGAGAAAAUUACCUGGCUAAUGAUAUGAAACUGGGUCCAGGUGUUUAAAACAUUUUUAUAUACACAUAUUUUGUUGGGUACCUUUUUAACCUGUGCAGUAAAUUAAAUAGAAAACUAGUUCGAGGGUUGCGAAACAAAAUGUAAUCUAAAUAAAACUGAACAUUUCUGAUAAUAAUGUGCUUGGUGUAAAUUUUAUGUUAUUAUUUAUCCAGCAAUACGUAUUAUUUAUCCAGCAAUACGUAUAUCUUUGGUUAUGUCUUAUGAUCAUGACACUUCCCGUUAACAAUUUAUAUUUCCUUUCACAAGUUUUAUCUUCUGGAUCAUUUCUAAGUUCCCUCAUAGAAUUCAGUACUGUAAUUUAAACUUGUAAGUGAAGGAAUCUAAACAUAAGGCUAAGAUGGUAACACAAUGAUAUAUUAUUUAAAAUAUGCAUACAUCUAAAGAAAAUAAAGCUUACCAACUAGCAAAAGGCACCGCUCAUGCAUAGAUCAAUGGCUCUGAUCCAUAUUUAUUAUUUUUGUUAAUAGUUUAUGGGUUAGUGUUAUGAAGCCUUAAACUUUGCAUUUGUUAUUGCUACUGAUUCUGCAUAUGAGGAGCCCGCUUGCAAAAGAUACUAAGUCCAACCAAACUCAUUUUUCAGGAAAGUGAAUUUUGUGUUACAACUUAACUAGCAUUUUGAAGGUUGCUCUACAUUUUCUAUUUAAAAUAAAUGCAUUUAGAGCCUUCUGAACAUUAAGAUGAGAGAUUCAAAAUGUGUAUUUAAAACAAUAGAUUUAGAAAAGGGCACUAACUCAUUUUUUUUUUAAAAACGGACUUAGUACCAUUUGCAACUGGGCUCCUCAUAUGUAGUUUUCACUUUUCCCCAUGGGGUGUUGCGCAUUUCACAAACUCUAUCUAUAAUUCCUGAAUUGUAAUACCCAGACUCGGUUUCGAUGGGUGUGGGCUCAGAAUACCUACACCUGGUAUCCGGAAAAAAACAACUGCACUUUGCUCAACCCUACUGUGUAGCAUCUCAUUAGAUGUUUCUUUCUUAAUUCCUAAAUUUAUUACUUUUUUUUCUUUCUUUUCAGCGAUUAUCUGUCAAUGUACAGUCCUCCUAGUGAUGUUUCAUUGUCACCGACUGAAAAAAUUCUUUAUCAGAACCUUUUGUCUAAACAUCAACAGACGUAUGUAUUUGAAAUUAUAACAGCAUUUUUUUAACAAAUUUUUUUUUAAAAACAUCUUUAUCAGAACCUUUUCUAAACAUCAACAGAUGUAUGUAUUUGAAAUUAUAACAAGCAGUUUUUUAACAAGUUUUUGUUUUAAACAUUCAAUUUUUAUCCAUUAAUAAAUUAAACUUAAUUUUUCCAAAGUGAUACAGCAGGAGUUCAGACAAGUCCACACAGUGAUGCCUCCUUGUCUCCCAUUGAGAAAAAGUUGUAUUCAAAUCUGCUGAACAAACACCAAGGCAUGCGAGCCAUUCAGGCACUCCCUACACCCCCCAGAUCACCAACAGAAUACAAAUAUGGAGGCAACACACAAAUUGAUGAUGCAGUUCUAAUAGAAAUGAUGGUGAGUUAACGAUACGCUUUCCUUAUCUUUGUAAACCUCUUCAUCGUUUAAUAAGAACCUUACACAAUUUCAUUAUUUACCUUUUUUUUAUAUAAGUGCAAUCUUUGAGAUCCUUGUAUAUAUGUGCAAUCUUUUCUGAGAUCUUUUUAUACAUGUGCAAUCUUUGCUCUAAAAUGUCUGAAGUUUGCUUUAGUGUCAAUUGUCUAAAAUUUGCUCUAAAGACUUUAAAAUAUCUAACUUUGGCUUGGAAAUUCAUUUAUCUUAAGUCACCCGUCUAAUAUUUAUUUAUUUACCUUGAAACCCAAAUAAUUUUUUUAAAGCACCCUAUGCUAAUACUUAAGCUCAAGUUUUUUGUUGUAUUUAAGCUCAAGUUUUUUGUUGUAUUUCUUCUAUUCUUGUUCAGUUAGCUGAUGGCUUUCAGUCAGCAGAUAUUUCCAUUGUGUUUUUAUUUAUACUUCAGAUUUUUUUUUUACAAUAUCUUGUUUUUAUAUUUCCCUUCAUACAAGAUGGAAGAAGUCUCCUCAAUAUUAUCCCUUAAAUGAUUUGUAAAACUACUUUUGUAUUUUUUGGUCAAUUUACAGAAUGCUGUGACCCUUGGCACCCAAGGAUACCUGGACCCAAAAAAUAAUUAUGAUAUGCAAGGCUCACUUCCUUAUCCCCGCAAGUCAGUAUUUCAUAGAAGUAAAUUUAAAUCUUUUAAUGGAUGGAGACUAUCAUGGUCUGAAUAUUUAUUAGUGAUCUGAUAAAAAUAUUUAAUGCCUACACAGAAUGAAUCUUUUUCCCCCCCAGGCCUCGUUCAAUAAAUGAUCGUAUUGGCUGGAGCAGUUCAAACCUAGGGUCAAACAUCUCCUACUUUUCAAACCUGGACCCAUAUGCCAUAGAGAGAGCUGCUCGGCUCCACAGAAAUGCUGCAGGUAAGAUCAGUUCAUUUGUACUAGUGCUGCAGAUUAUGCAUAUUUGAGUACAUGCAACCCAUGCCUGUUGGAACUGCACUUGCCAGCUGCAGAUUUAUCAGUGGUAUACAUUUUUUUUAAAUUUACAAAAUGGAGAGUAUGAAAUAUAGUUCUGAAAACUUGGCCAAUUUUAAAUGUUUUUUUUUAAAAAACAAUUUGUUAAAAUUAGGUGCUGUAAUAUUCCCUUUAUAAUUUUGGUUAACAGUUUAAUAAAGCUGGUUUUUAUUCUAGGCGACCACUCUUUGUAUUAAGUCAGUUUCCAAUCUUUGGAUCCAAUUCAAAUCGCAUUAACAACCACAUUGAGUUAAAAAUUAUGUUGUAUUCAUUAUUUUUGUUCUUUCUGUAUAUUAUAGCUAUAAAUGAUUUUUUUUUUAAAGUGUUUCUCUGUUCAAUAAUUCAGAUCAAGGGCUUUCCCAUAUCCUCUAGGAAUAUAUAAAAUAUUUGAGAGAAAAAAAAUUGUAAAUGUCACUAAAAUUGAUAAAGUCACAUGUUUACUCAAGAUUUUUUAGUCAGUUUUUUCUCACUACUUUCACUUCAUAAAAAAUACUUUAAAAGUUUUUAAAUUAUUUUUAAAAAGUUGUAAUAUUUCGAUAAAAAGUUUGAAAAAUAUUCAAAAAAUUAACUCGUGUUUCAAGCUGUGAGUGAGGCAAGCUGUACCUGGAGUGGCCAUCUCCCACCUCGUAACCACAAGAAUCCAGUUUACUCCUGCAAGGUUUUCCUUGGUGGAGUUCCAUGGGACAUCACUGAAUGUGAGUUGAAAAUCUGUUCUAUGACGCGCAGUAAUAAUUGCCUAGUGACAGCUACUAACGAAAUAUAACAUUAUCAAAAUAUAACCAAGGAUUGCAAAAUAACCACAUCACUCUUUCAAAAUAUAACAUGGGAUUGCAAAAUAACCACAUUUCUAUAUCAAAAUAUAACACAGGAUUGCAAAAUGACUACAUCUCUAUAUUUUCUGCCAAUUUGUACAGCUGGUCUGCAGGCAGCAUUCAACAAGUACGGACACCUCAAGGUGGAAUGGCCAGGCAAAGAUGGCAAGCUCAGUUUUACAUACCUGGUCUAACUUUUAAGAAUCGAAAUGGUUUAAAUUGUUCCAUAAAAUAUUUCCCUUAAACCUGAUAAAAUUAUGCCGUUCAUUUAUUCAGAAAAAAAUCAUCAAAAAAUCAAAUGCUUCAGGGCUCUGUUCAUACUUUCUUUUCCAUCCCAGGAUACGUUUACCUUUUGUUUGAUGUGGAGAAGUCUGUACGCUCACUUCUCCUGGCCUGCACUCAUGACUUCAGCAACGGAGAUUUUUUCUACAAGAUUUCAUCAAGAAGAAUGCGCUCAAAGGAGGUAAGCAGUGUUGUUAAUUGGUCUUUCUCUAUACCUGUGGUUCUCAACCUUUCUAAUGUGGCGACCCUUUAAUACAGUUUCUCAUGUUGCGGCGACCCCCCCCCCCCAAACCACAAAAUAAUUUUUGUUGAUACUUUAUAACUAAGUAGCCCUCUAUGUUUUUUCAGAUGGUCUUAGGUGCCCCCUGUGAAUGUUUUUUGCGUGCAGGUCACAACCCACAGUUUGAUCCUUUCUAAUGUGGCGACCCUUUCAUACAGUUUCUCAUGUUGCGGCGACCCCCCCCCCCCAAACCACAAAAUAAUUUUUGUUGAUACUUUAUAACUAAGUAGACCUCUAUGUGUUUUCAGAUGGUCUUAGGUGACCCCUGUGAAAGUUUCUUGCGUGCAGGUCACAACCCACAGAUUGAGAACCGCUGCUCUAUACAUUUCCAUUUUUUUCAACUCUUAGUGGAGCAUACGACAUUAACAAUGUCUUUCCACACCAUCCGGUCUCUUGCAAUCUUCUUUAUUUCAACUCUUUCUGAUCAUGAGUGCAUCCUUGUCUACCUCUCUAGAUCAGGUUUUGGAUCUUCCCCAUCCUCGUGCAUCCAUACCUGUUCUUGUUUGAUCAUAAAAUUAAAUCCCUGAUUUCUAAUAUUGUGCUCUUUUUGAAAUAUCUCUUUUUGCAGUGCAUUUUUUUUAGAACUAAAAAUUGUACAAAUGACCUUUAGCGAUUGAAUAUUUUGCGACACUUAAAUUCUAUAUAAUUUUUCAGAGCACUUAAUCUGUUCCCUCAAAUUUUCUUGAUGCUUGCACAUGGUGUUCAUUUUUGCCAUAAUGAGAACACAAGGAUUGUUUACACACUUCAAAUUAAAUCUGAAUUCUUGAGGGGGUUAGACUGAUUACAUCUUAAGAGGGUUGGACUGUGAUUACAUCUUAAGAGAGUUGGACUGUGAUGGAUCUUAAGAGGGUUGGACUGAUUACAUCUUAAGAGGGUUGGACUGAUUACAUCUUAAGAGGGUUGGACUGUGAUUACAUCUUAAGAGGGUUGGACUGAUUACAUCUUAAGAGGGUUGGACUGAUUACAUCUUAAGAGGGUUGGACUGAUUACAUCUUAAGAGGGUUGGACUGAUUACAUCUUAAGAGGGUUGGACUGAUUACAUCUUAAGAGGGUUGGGCAGAUUACAUCUUAAGAGGGUUGGACUGUGAUAGAUCUUAAGAGGGUUGGACUGUGAUAGAUCUUAAGAGGGUUGGACUGUGAUAGAUCUUAAGAGGGUUGGACUGUGAUAGAUCUUAAGAGGGUUGGACUGUGAUUGAUCUUAAGAGGGUUGGACUGUGAUUGAUCUUAAGAGGGUUGGACUGUGAUUGAUCUUAAGAGGGUUGGACUGUGAUUGAUCUUAAGAGGGUUGGACUGUGAUAGAUCUUAAGAGGGUUGGACUGUGAUACAUCUUAAGAGGGUUGAACUGUGAUGAGAUGCGAACAUUUUAUAUUUUUAUACUCAGGACUUCUAGACACCCAUUCACCAAGACCACCGCCUUAAACUUUCUUAACUAUGUUCAUUUUAGUAAACAAAAUGUGGUAAUAGUCAAUGUUUUUUUGGUCUAAUUUAAUAGCUUUAAUUACACUUUAUACUUGUCUUGAGAUUAUACUUUGAGAGCAUAUUUUUCGAUUUUGUUUCCCUCUAGGUCCAAGUGAUUCCUUGGGUGCUUGCAGACAGCAACCAUAGUUUCCCACCACAGUUGAAGCUCGACUCCAACAAAACAGUUUUUGUCGGGGCCCUGCAUGGGAUGAUCACAGCAGAGGCACUCGGCAACAUCAUGAGCGAUUUGUUUGGUAAUGUAAUCUAUGCUGGGAUAGAUACAGACAAGCAUAAAUAUCCCAUAGGUAGGUUGUCUCCAAACAGUGGCUAUCUAUAAAUGUCAGCCAAUCUGCGGGGGAGAUUUCGAUAUAUUUAUUGGGGUUGUAUAAAAGUUUAUGACAAGUUUGAUCGUGGGAGCGAUGGUCAAAAAAUGUGCCUAAAUUUUCUAAAUAGUGUAGCAUUUAUGGAUGGCCCUGUAUCUAUAUGUUCUCAAAAUUUCUUCAAAGCUCAGAAUGAAAUUACAAGGUUAGUGAAAAAUUAGCAUCUUAUACAAGCAUCUUAUACUUGUACAUGCAUCUUGCAUUCUUACAUUCAGUGUAUCAACAUUUAUAAAUCUGUGAAAUUAAGCCUUUUGAAAGAUAGAAGGCCCUAAUGCUAAUUAAGAAAAAUGAUCAUAUUGCAAGCUUAUAAAAAUUUGUAUCUUAGGAUCCGGAAGAGUUUCCUUCAGCAAUCGUAAGAGCUACAUGAAAGCUGUACAAGCUGCUUUUGUGGAAAUCAAAACACCCAAGUUCACCAAAAAGGUAGAUGCAAGAUAUAGACAAAAAACACGAGUUUAGACAGAUACGAGUGUAGACAUAAGUAUAGACAAGUCUCAAGUACAGAUUUAAUAUACUAUAUUAGUGAUGACAUCAUUAAUAGAUUCCCCCCUCUUUCUCGCCUAUUUUUUAAAAAUAUUUUAACCAUGACCUGAAUUUAUUUGCUAGAGCUUUACAAUAUUGAACAGAAGUGUAAUUUAAUGUGACGGCUGAAGACAAUUAGAAUUUUAAAGUUUCGAAUUGGUCGGCCCAAUGGACUGCCAUUCAUUUACUGGCCCAAGUAGUUGAUGGAAUUAACUUGGCUCCUCCCAUUCAUCAGCUGUACAAUUUUUUUUUUUAAAGUCUUUCAAUGAUGGGCCUAUUACUACGCUUUCAUAAGGUGUAUCAAUAAUUGCAGCUAAAUUAUUAAUUUUCAUUAUUUACAAAUGAGACCUAUGUUAAAUGAACAGGAAAUAGAUGUAAUCAAACCAUUAUGUAGAUCAUUAUAAAAGUAAUAUAAUUAAUUUUUCAGUAACUACAAUCGAAAGCAUUAAAUUAGUUCUGUAGGCCACCUCAAAUAACAAACACUGCACUUGUUUAUUUUAUUUUUAGUUUGACACGUCUUGUGUCUGAGACAGGAGGUUCUUUUCAGUUUGUAAAUAAAACUUUGUUACAAUUUUUCAGUGUUUAAAACAUGUAGUUUUCAGUUUAAGAAAUUGAAUCCAAAGUGAUUUAUGCUUAAUAUUUCGUGAGGUCCAUCAUGCCUAAAUCUCUGCCCACCCCAUUAUAGGAAUGUAGUUUAUAAUAGGCACUUUGAAUUUAUUAGAACAAGGUUCCUCAUCCUCUUGGCAUUUUCAGAUUCAGGUUGACCCUUAUCUUGGUGAUGCCAACUGCAGCCUCUGCAACUCUCACAUAGGCAACUACUUCUGUCGAGAUCUCCUGUGUUUCAAAUAUCUCUGCCGAGGAUGUUGGUACUGGCAGCAUGCCCCAGAUACCAUGCGUCACCACCGCCCACUGACGCGCAACACAAAGGGCAGUAUUCAAGUCUAAAGGCUGUUUGCAAUCCAACAUGCACCUGAUCCCAAUUAGUUCAAGGAAAGCAUACAAACUGACCUUAAGAAGUGG